CUGUAGUGGGUGGCGACUGGGGAGAGGGUACGAUUGAUUAGGGGAUGCCAAGGGAUAUUUAAGGAAGCGAUGCGCGUGCUCUCUUUCUCUUCCCUUUGUAGACUGAUUCCCUUCCCUUCCCUUCCCUUCCCUUUAAAGCCUCAAUCGAAACCCCACCCCACCCCCCGCCGCUGAUUUCCAUUUCCAGUCUCCAGUCUCUUCAAUCGUUCUGCUCAACACCGCUGCUGCGGUGGCUGUCAGAAUACGAGGACGAGAAGCUGAGAUUCUGUGGCGAAGUCCAUUUCCUUCGCCCUUCCGGAGGUUUGGUGAGGUGUUCGUCAGCUAAUGAAGGUGUAUAUAUAUAUAUAUAUAUCCGUAGAUAUACGUGAUUCGAUUCGGUUCUCAAAAUCGUAAGAAUCGGAUUAUCAGGAGGUAUUGUUGAUGGCAUCAUCUGGGGUUCCGAAUCCUUUAACGAAUUCAGACAGAUCGCUGGAGUUGUUGUUGAGUAGGAAAAAGAAGAAGAAAGUGCAAGGCAACAGAGAUCGAUUUCAGAAUCCUAACGGAGCUCAGAGCUCGAUACAGUGGAAGUCCGAAGCGCAACAGCAAGUCUACUCUUCAAAGCUCCUCCAAGCUCUCCGCCAUGUCCGGCAGAGCUCCUCUGCGUCGGUUCCUCGACGGGGCCGAGCCGUUCGCGAUGCCGCCAACCGAGUUCUGGCCGUGACUGCUAAGGGGAGGACCAGGUGGAGCCGCGCCAUCCUCACCAACCGGCUCAAGCUCAAGUUCAUGAAGAACAAGAGGCAGAGAGUGGCGGUCACGGGCGGCAACCGGUCGAAGAAGCCGAGAUUGAGUGUUUUGCGGUUGAAGUCGAAGAACUUGCCGGCUGUGCAGAGGAAAGUUCGCGUUCUCGGCCGUCUAGUUCCCGGCUGCCGGAAAGAACCAUUUCCAGUGAUUCUGGAAGAAGCGACCGAUUACAUCGCUGCUCUCCAGAUGCAGGUUAGAGCCAUGAGUGCCCUCGCCGAGCUGCUCUCCGGCACCGCAUCUAGCGUGGCUUCUCAAAGUCUGCUCGGCUUGAAUCGGCCGCCGCCGAGUUGAUUCGCAUUGUUGUUCGUAUUUUUCUAAUAAUUUUAUUUUUUUCCUUGUUUUCCUUUCUUUUUUUUUUUAUUAUUAAUUACCCCCCGCCCCCCCCCCCCCCCCCCCCCCCCCCCCCCCCCUCUCUCUCUCUCAAAAGUAUUUCUCUGUUAAAUACGGUUCCUUUUUUUCUGGCUAUCUUUAGUGUUCUUCUAAAUGCUAAUAAUCUCUCGCUGCAUGCUACUAUGGGGGGGAAAAAACGCCACCUGUAAAAGGGUACGUACUUCUUCCCCGAAGUCUUUUAUAUUAUUAUUACUACGAGAGAAUGAUACGGACAUACCGAUAACAGAUGCAGUCGUUGCUUUCUGUAAUGAAACGCUAUUUUACGUUACAACCAACUUGUUUUGGUUCCAACCAUACAUAAUAUAA